AUGAAGGACCCGUUCGAGGCAGCCGUCGAGGAGCAGGAGUCGCCGCCGGAAUCGCCGGCGCAGCCCGAGGAGGAUGCCUCCGCCGCGCCGCCCCACGCCCUAGCCGACGACUACGACGGAGCAGAGGCCUCCGGCGGCCCUCGCGCCCUGCCGCCGCGGCCGCGGCCUCCGUCGCAAGCCGCGCCCUCGACCUCCGCCGCCCCGCCGGCGCCCAAGGCCAAGGUGCCGGCCCAUAAGGAGCAGGAUGACGAGGACGAAGAGGAAGACCAGAUGGAGGUCGACAUCGAUAAGCUGCCCUCCGGCACCAGCGACCCCGACAAGCUCGCCAAGAUGAAUGCCCUACUGUCCCAAUUUACUGAAGAUCAGAUGAACCGUUACGAGUCAUUCCGGAGAUCUGGAUUCCAGAAAUCUAAUAUGAAGAAGCUAUUGGCAAGUAUCACUGGCAGUCAAAAGAUAUCUAUGCCAACCACUAUCGUAGUAUCAGGAAUAGCAAAGAUGUUUGUUGGUGAGGUUAUUGAAACAGCUAGAAUAGUAAUGAGCGAGAGGAAGGAUUCUGGACCGAUCAGACCUUGCCACAUCAGAGAAGCAUAUAGAAGACUGAAGCUUGAAGGGAAGAUACCGAAGCGAUCAGUUCCACAGCUCUUCCGCUAGAUGGAAGCAUCUCUGUUGAUUGUUGAUGUCAGUCAGGCUUUGUGUGAUUCUCUCUCGGAGAAAAAAGACUAGUAAGUAUGAUAUAGUGAUGGAACUAUAGAUGCCUUCUCGUAUUCCAUCUGAAAUGGUAUUACGAUGUUACUCAUGUAAUAUGGUGUGUACUAGCUGCAAGCUUUGACAGUUCCGUGCUUAUAUGUCACACAAGUAGCUGUACUGUUUGAUGCGAUUGUA